AUGUUCUUAGUGACUGGCGCUUCGUAUAAACGGGACAAGGAGAGGGAAUUUGUCAGUCUUGGACCCUCGGCGCCUCUCAAAUUGUGCUCAUAUAGUAAAGAUGGUGAAGAACCGACCCUAAUAUAUAACUUGCGAGAUGGACCGCAAAUAUACAAGAAGUAUGUUGAAAAAUUUAAUAAGACGUACUCGGAUGAUGAAUAUUACACAAGGUACCACAAUUUUAUGAACACGUUGCGUCAAAUAAACUAUAUUAAUUCGAAAAAACCCCAAAAAGUCCAGCCUAAUAAAUAUGCAGACUGGUCUGACGAUGAGAGACGGAAUGUAGAAGCAACGACGAAAAUUGACUGGGAGCUAACUAUGCAAUUAAAAGACCUCAAGCCAAAUGUCGACUCACUAAUAAAAGAUCUUAUUCUUUAA